AGGAACAUUGCCAUCUCUGGCCUCGACCUCCCCACUGGCUCUCUGCAAGCCUCUGCUCCAAAUCAAAACCUCUUGAGGAAGAAUGGGCGCCUACAACUCAAACCUUGAUGAUAUCAUGGAGGACAUGCACCACUGGUACACCAAAUUCAUGAAGGAGUCUCCUUCGGGACUCAUAACGCUCUUUGAGCUCAAGACAAUGCUGGAAAUGAACGGUAUGACAGACGAGGCCAGCAGCUAUGUGGACCAGGUCUUCUUCACCUUUGACAUGGAUGGGGAUGGCUACAUGGACUUUGUGGAAUACAUUGCAGCAAUAAGUUUGUUACUGAAAGGAGAAAUUAACCAGAAACAAAAGUGGUACUUCAAGCUCUUUGAUCAAGAUGGAAAUGGGAAAAUUGACAAGGAGGAAAUGGAGACCAUAUUCAAGGCCAUUCAAGAUAUCACCAGAAGUUACGAAGUGCAUCCAGAAGAUAUUGUGUCUAUUGUAUAUGAGAAGAUUGAUAUCCACGGAGAAGGUAAGGGAUAUUUAAUUAGCUACCAGUCCUCUAUUCCUGCGAGUUCCAUGGUACACAUCCUCGUUGCCAGAAGAUCGCCCCCUGGGUACACAUCCUCGUUGCCAGAAGACCGCCCCCUGGUGGGAGGAAAAAAGAAUUAA